GCACAAGGGUUCAGACCAUUUUCCAUUACUGUACUUUUCCAAUUCCCUUCUCUGCCGAAUUGCCCAUAUUUGUUAAAAGAAAAAAUAGAAAAAGAAAAAAAUUGUUUGGGUUCCCAGAAAAAUAUUUAGAGAGAAACUAAGAAGAUUUGUUUUUUUAAAGAAGAAAAUGGCGUCUCUAAAGGAAAAGAGUGAAGAGGCAAUUCCAGAGGAGGAAAAGAAGGAGAGCUCUAAUUAUUUUGAUAUUUAUGGACCUCAAGCAAAAGCAGAACUUGUUUUCAAGACGCCAGAAGCUGACAGUACUUUGAAUUUGCAAGAUGUUCAAGGACUUGUUACCUGGGUUCUUGCCGAUGGAUUCAUGCCUUCCUGGGUCUUUAUUAAGAAUAAGCCGCUGAUACCGAAAGUUGUUAUGCUUUAUGUCCCUGGCUUGGAUGCAGCUUUGUACAUAGCUCAAUCCAUGAAACUUUCUGGUUUUAAACAAAGUUGUGGCAAUCCUCGGGCACUUUUAGCACUUAGUUGUGUAUCAGAUGGGAUGCAGACAAUAGACGCACUCCUAACGUGCAAAGUGAAGAGAAAGAGAAAUGUAAUUGAUUCAGCAAGGGAUGUAAGCCAAUCAGCUGAGCAAGAAACAUCCAUCUCUUCAAUGGACUCUGCAGAAAUCUUGAAAGACAUUCCUUUCCCCAUUUCAUAUUAUACGCUUACAGCAAAGGAACUAGAAGACAAUGGAUUUUGUUAUGAUCAACCAGGUUUUAUUCCUACUCGUCCUGCUCCUGAUGGAUCUUCUCCUUAUGAAAUGUUGGCACUUGACUGUGAAAUGUGUAUAACAAGUGAGGGUUUUGAGCUUACAAGAGUGACCCUGGUUGAUAUUAAAGGACAGGUUGUACUGGAUAAAUUGGUUAACCCAUCAAACCCUAUCACCGAUUACAACACAAGGUUUAGUGGAAUCACAUACGAGAUGUUGAGUGGAGUGACUACAACUCUUCAAAAUGUUCAGGAAGAUUUUCUGAUGCUGGUUCACAAAGAUACCAUCUUAGUCGGGCACUCCUUGGAGAAUGACUUAUUAGCUUUGAAGAUUUCUCAUGAUCUGAUAAUUGAUACAUCUGUAUUAUACAAACACCCUCGCGGUGGAUCUUAUAAAAGUGCUCUUCGAGUUCUUGCGAAGAGAUUUCUUUCUCGGGAAAUACAGCAGUCGGGGAGUGGACAUGAUAGCAUUGAAGAUGCAAGAGCUGCUAUGGAUUUGGCUCUGUUAAAGAUUAGAAAUGGACCUGAUUUUGGUUCGCCACCAUCCUUUAUGCGUAGGAAGCUCCUUACACUUCUGGGUGAGUGUGGCAAGACCUCCUCUUUCAUUGAUGAUAUUUCCAUAGUGAAGCGAUAUGCUUCUGAGUCAUCCCAUGCAAUCCCAGUUUGCUCUGAUGAUGAAGCACUUUUAAAGGCUAGAAAAGAGGUCAAGAAUGACCGUGUUCACUUUGUCUGGACACAGUUUUCAGAAUUGAAUUCCUAUUUCAGAAAACAAGCUGAGGAUGACGUAAAGUUGAAUGGAAAGCUUGCGGAAAUGAUAUCAUUGCUUACAUGUGAUAAGAAACCUGCCAAACGCAAAGGAGUAAAAUACAAUAUUUCAACUGAGCUAAAGGAAAUUUUAACACGCAUCGACGCUAGGGUUCGUAGUCUCCACACUGCAUUACCCACUAACUCGAUGUUUAUAAUAUGCACCGGACAUGGAGACAUAGCCAUUGUUCAUAGAUUAAGGAAAAUGCUGACAGAGCAAAGUGAAACAAUGAUUCCACGUGAGAAACUUAUUAAGGUUUUGGAAGAGCUGCAGGCCCAAGCUGAGGUAGCUUUAUGUUUUGUUGGUAUGAAGCAUUAGAUAUAGACACACACACUAGUUUGUCUUGCAACUUCCGAGAGCAAUGAGGAAUGCUCAUGUAAGUUCACAGGCUGUUACAAUUUUAACAAAUUACAAUCAUUCUUUUGAUGCUGUACUGGGAAAAUUUUGUAAACAAUGAUCAAAUUUCUAUACUGCUAAUGGUUAUUAAAAGUUUUGUUCAGUUC